AUGGGGCUGCGGCAUGCGGCGGCGUGCCUAGCAGGCGGGCCAGGGAGGGAGCUUUGCGCGGCUGUCUUCGCGCAAGCAGCGGCUUGCAGAGAGGCAGAGUUCAAAUGCGCCGACGGCGGUUGCUUGCCAAGGGCCAUGGCCUGCGAUGGCUCCGCGGACUGCGCGGACGGUUCUGAUGAAGUGUGCGGCCCAAGCAGCCCGGACUCCUUUCUGGCCGAGGAGCAGGCCGAGCUGGCGCAGACACUGCAGGCGGAGGAUGAGAGCCCAGAGCACGUGGAAGCGGCGAUCAAGGCAGAGGCGAAGACUGCCCUGCAGAAGGCCUCCAGGGAAGGCGCUUGUGGGAAUGCGGCUCAGGGCACGGAGUGCUUCAACCACGUGUGCCUGGGACGGAGUUGGGAGUUGGGCUUGGGCUCCGCAAAGGGCCGAGGGAUGGGAUGCGGUCAGUCCCUGGAAUGCCGAAAAUCGAAGGCUCUGACUCCCGCUGCUGGUUUUGUGAGCCCUGCGCCUGGCCGUGCCUUGCGCGAGACACAGGUCGGAGCUUCUACUGCAGCCGUCCCUGAGCGCGCGCAGCACGUGGAGCGCGGUGCCUCUUGCACCGCGCCGCUGGCUGUGGGCGUGGCCGCGGGUCUCGUGGGUGCUGCGGCGUCGCGGCGCUCCGGGCGCUCUGCGCUGGCCAAGGGGCAGGGCGUCACCGUCAGGCCCCACACCACGCCCCGGACCUUGGCCUCGGCACGGGUGGUGGUCUGCGCCGGAGCGCCCCUGGAGGGCCGCAAGCUGCGAGUGGCGGUGGUGGGCGGUGGGCCUGCAGGAGCCUCUACGGCUGAUGCGCUUGCCCAGGCGGGUGUCGAGACGUACCUCAUUGAGCGCAAGCUUGAUAACUGCAAGCCCUGCGGCGGCGCCAUUCCUUUGUGCAUGAUUGACGAGUUCGACCUCCCCAAGGACAUCGUCGAUCGCCAGGUGAGGAAGAUGACCAUGAUCUCGCCUACCAACAAGGAGGUGCAGAUUGGUCAGACGCUGAAGGACGACGAGUUCAUCGGGAUGGUUCGCCGUGAGGUCCUGGAUGACUAUAUGCGACAGCGUGCCAAGAAGAACGGUGCCACACUGAUCAACGGGCUGUUCAUGGGCAUGACCAUGCCGCAGCAGAAGGGCGAAUCGUACGUGCUGACCUACAACGACUACGAGGGCGAGGACGGCAAUGCGCGCAAGGGCGAGAAGAAGACGCUGGAGGUGGAUGUUGUGGUUGGCGCUGACGGUGCCAACAGCCGUGUGGCCAAGGAGAUCGGAGCGGGCGACUACGAGUAUGCCAUUGCCUUCCAGGAGCGCAUGAAGAUCCCAGAGAACAAGAUGGACUACUACAAGGACAGGGCCGAGAUGUACGUGGGCGAGGACGUGUCCCCUGACUUUUACGCGUGGGUCUUCCCGAAGUGCGACCACGUGGCGGUGGGCACCGGCACGGUCAUCGACAAGAAGGGCAUCCAGAGAUAUCAGCAGGGAAUCCGUGACCGGGCGGCCGUGCGCAUCGAGGGCGGUGAAAUUAUCCGCGUGGAGGCCCACCCCAUCCCGGAGCACCCCAGGCCUUGGCGUGUCAAGGACCGCGCCAUCCUCGUGGGCGAUGCGGCCGGUUACGUCACCAAGUGCUCUGGCGAGGGCAUCUACUUUGCAGCCAAGAGCGGCCGCAUGUGCGCGGAGACCAUUGUGAAAAACUCUGAGAGCGGUGCUCGCUUGAUCGACGAGGCAGACCUCAUGGAACACAUCCGCGAGUGGGAUGCCAAGUACGGCCCGACGUACUUGGUGCUGGAUCUGCUGCAGAAGGUCUUCUACACCAGCGAUGCCGCCCGUGAGAGUUUCGUUGAGCUCUGCGAGGAGGAGUACGUGCAGAAGGUGACCUUCGACUCGUACCUUUACAAGACCGUGCAGGGCAACGACCCCAUGGGUGAUAUGAAGCUGGGAUGGAAGACCUUGAGCUCUCUGUACAAGUUCAACAACCAGAAGACCCCGGAUCCCAUGCGAACCCUGGCAUGA